CUCUCUCUCUCUCUCUCUCUCACUCGCUCCUAUCAGUCUCUAUCAAGAGCUCUCUCCCCCUCCCUUUAACCAACUCCAUAUAUCCUCUCUUUUCGUUUGGCGUACUCCUGAUCGUUUCACGCGAGAGUGGCGAGCGAGUCGCCGACGAGGAUCGGUAGUUGAGAGAGUAGUAUCACGGAUUGCGAUCCUCCGAAACGCACGCGCACGCUUUCGAGGAUCGGCCGAAAGAGAGGAGAGUCGCGUGCUAAUACGAUAUAUCGGGAACCGGCCUUUUCAAUCUCUUUUCUUUUUUUUUCUUUUUUCUCUUUCUUCGUUUUUGAGAAAAAGAGAGGAGGCCUCUUCUCUCAUUCAACAGUAUAUAUAGAUACACAUAUAUAUAUACAUACGUAAAAUAUAUAUAUAUACACACGCACAUAUUUAUAUAUAUAUAUACAUACAUAUAUAUAUAAUUGGUGAUACCGCGAAGCAACAAACACUUAAGUGUAUCGUUUCGCUACCGAUCGAUUGUAUCGAGUAUUAGUUAUCGACUAUCGUUCACACUACAAUCGAGAUCUAUUUAUCGACGAGAAAAAGACGAACUCGACAAUAUGUUGGUGGAACACGCGGCACAGUGGAUCUGGAAAGCGAUGGGCGGCACCAGGAUCGAGGCUCUAUACACCCUCCUCGUGUUCUUGGGUGUACUCCUGAUUGUGAGGUGCAUUCAGUGGCUGAGGUACAUCCGUACCCUACCGCCCGGCCCGUGGGGCGUGCCAGUCUUUGGCUACCUACCUUUCCUCAAAGGGGACGUCCACCUACAGUACGGCGAGCUGGCAAAGAAGUACGGCUCGAUGUUUAGCGCACGCCUCGGCACACAACUCGUCGUUGUUUUAAGCGAUUAUCGCGUUAUUCGCGAUACUUUUCGUCGCGAGGAGUUCAGCGGUAGGCCGCACACCGAAUUCAUCAACAUUCUCGGUGGAUACGGUGUCAUUAAUACCGAGGGUGCUAUGUGGAAGGAUCAGAGAAGGUUCCUCCACGAUAAGCUUCGUAGUUUCGGCAUGACUUACAUGGGCGCCGGAAAGAAGAUCAUGGAGUCUAGAAUUAUGAGAGAGGUCGAUACUUUUCUCCAAGGUUUAUUGUCGAGACAAGGAGCACCGACGGACGUAUCACCUUCCCUCGGCAUGUCGAUCAGCAACGUGAUCUGUUCGAUCAUCAUGGGAGUUCGCUUCCAUCACGGCGACUCGAGAUUCAAAAGGUUCAUGGAUCUGAUCGAAGAAGGAUUCAAACUUUUCGGCAGCAUAGCCGCUGUUAACUUCAUACCAGUGAUGCGUUAUCUUCCUUGUCUUCAAAAAGUCAAAAACAAGAUCUCACAGAAUCGUGCCGAAAUGGCUGGUUUCUUUCAAGAAACGGUCGACCAGCAUCGAGUCACCUUCGACGAGAACAACAUUCGCGAUCUCGUCGACGCUUAUCUCUUGGAAAUCCAGAAGGCUAAGGCCGAAGGACGCGAGGCACUGCUGUUUCAAGGCAAGAAUCACGAUCGUCAAAUGCAACAGAUCCUCGGCGAUCUUUUCUCCGCGGGCAUGGAAACGGUCAAGACCACUUUGGAGUGGGCAGUGAUUCUCAUGUUGCACCACCCAGAGGCUGCUAAAGCGGUACAGGAAGAAUUGGACCAGGUAGUCGGAAGAUCGAGAAUGCCGGCAUUGGAAGAUCUACCGUUCCUUCCGGUGACCGAGGCAACGAUCCUCGAAGUUUUAAGAAGAUCGAGCAUCGUUCCAUUGGGAACGACUCACGCGACUACAAGGGAUGUCACGUUGAACGGUUACACGAUUCCAGCUGGUUCUCAAGUGGUACCCUUGUUACAUGCAGUACACAUGGACCCGGAAUUGUGGAACGAGCCAGAGGAGUUUCGUCCUACUCGCUUCCUUUCCGCUGAAGGAAAGGUCUGUAAACCGGAGUAUUUCAUGCCGUUCGGUGUUGGUAGGCGGAUGUGUCUCGGAGACGUGCUCGCGCGCAUGGAACUCUUCCUCUUCUUCAGUUCGCUCUUGCAUACGUUCGACCUUAGGCUACCUGAGGGCGCCUCGUUGCCGAGUUUGCGCGGUAACGCAGGUGUCACAGUUACCCCGGACCCGUUCAAGGUUUGCCUAUUUCAAAAAAACCUCGAUCUCCUCGAGUGCGACGCGAACGAGCCUAGCGGGCCACUUCGUAACGUUGGUAGCCUCUGAAAGAGGAAGCGGCUCGAGACGAUCACGGUUGUUGUUCCUAUCGCUUAUCGGAGGAAAUGAACUUUCGUGCUCCUCGCCUAGCGUGUGCCGACGGAGAGAGAAAGAAAGAAAAAAAGAAAGAGAACGGAAAGAGAGAAGAACAUAAUAUUUCAAACUCGUCCCAUCCAAUCUAUCGACGAGUACGAAAGGAUUUCGAUCCUCUGAAGAAAGAAAAAUACGGAUCGUGUGAGAUAAGAAAGAAGAAGAAGGAGGAGGAGGAGGAGGAGGAGGAGGAGAAGAACGACAAAAGAAAAUAUGGAUCGUAUAAUAAGUUUCUUCUCGAAGCUAAAAAACUCCAAAUGAGAAAACAAAAUUCUUUCCUCGGCCGCGCGGAUCAGAGUACAAAGAAGCCUCUACGGUUCUAAACGUCUCAUCACCCACCACCAUCGCUUUCCCCUUUUCUAUUCGCAUUUUUUUUACAUCGGAAUCAUUUCAUCUCGACCACUCGCCAUAUAAAUAUUUAUUUAUGACU